UUUGUGCAGACACGGUUGGAAAAUGUUCCGUCUGUGCAUCUCCGUGUUGCUCUUCACCUUGUUUCUUUGUCUCCUAUCUGUGUCAGGAGUUGAGCGUGAGGAGAGGUCUACUGGUUCAGAUGAUGAUCCCACAAGUGCCGCAGAGAGGAGGAGCGCCCUGCCGUACUGGAACCUCUGGGCUUCGGAUUUCUACGGCUGGGUGGAGGAAUUGCGAGCCCAGGCAGCGUAUGACAUGUUACUGGACUUGGCGAAAGCCUACUGGGCUCACUCUCCUCUCGGCAGCUACUUAGGUUACGACUCCAUCCCUGAUGAAGACGAGAAAGAGGAGAAGACAGACAACUGAGGACCCUGAGCUUUCCCCUUCGCCCUUUCUGGGUGCGCUGUCCCAAAACAAGCUCUUCCGGCAUGUGUACUGUCCUCUCACGUUUUAAUCCAUGUGCUUCUUAUGGUGCUUUAUCCAUCAGUCAUUUCUGUCGGAUUGACUUUAUCAAGCUUCUUAAACUAAAUUAUGAUAACAUAAUUAUCAAUGGUGUGCAAAAAUAGGAUUUGUUUGCGA